AUGAAUUUAUCAACUAUCAAUGUAACUCAUUCAAUAGAAUCUUUAUCUUCAUCAAGUUCACCAGAAUUAUUAAAUACUAAUACAAUGUUAACAACUAAUCAUUAUACUAUAAAUUCAAAUCUACCAUCAAUCAAUCAAACAAAUAAUAAAUUAAAUGGUAAUGAAUUGAAAUUAAACUCUAAUCUAUAUCAUCCACCACCACCACCUCCUCCUUCUCAACCUCCUCAACCUCCUUCUUCUCAUCAUGAUCAUCAUCAUCGUCCACAACAACAACAACAACAUCAUUAUCAUUCGAAUUAUCAACAAGAAAAUCAUGAAGUAACAUCAUCAUCAUCAUCAUCGGCGGCGGCGGCGGCGGCGUUAUCAUCUACAUCAACAUCUAAUGGGAUAAUAUCAAUGAAUCAUUUAACCAAUUCAUUAUUAUAUCCAUUUUCAUCAAAUUUAUUAUUACAAGAAUCAUUUAUUCAUUUAAUUUAUUCAACAUGUUUCAAUAUAUUUGAUAAAAGAUUAAAUGAUGAAUUAAAUAAAUUUAAUGAAAAAUAUGAAUUAUUAUUCAAUGAAUAUAAUGAAACAAAAUAUCGUUUAAAUAAAUUAGAAACUAUAAUACAAUAUAAUAAUAAAAUGAAUAUUCCACUAAUACCAUUACCAUCAUCUUCAUCAUCUUCAUUCUUGUUACCAUCCUCUUUAACCCCCUCAACCUCCUCCUUAACCUCCUCCUCGUCGUCGUCGUCAGAUUAUUUAUUAACUUCAUUGAAUUCAUUGAAAUCACAACAUUUCAAUGAAUCAAUUAUUGAUGAUAAUAAUAAUCAUAAUAGUCAUAUGAUGAAUACAUUAAAAGAGAUUGAUACGAAAUGGUUAAUGAAUUGGAAACAUAAUAAUGAGGAUUAUUUGAGUAGUAUAAAUAGUUCAAAGAAUAAUUUAUUGGCGCCUAUGUUAACAACAACAACAGCAACAACAACAAGAUUAGAUGAACAACAACAACAACAACAAUCAAUACAAAGAAUAAAAGAUAAACUAAAAGAUAAUCAUCCUAUAGAAUUUGAUAUCAAUCAUUUAUCUAAUUCAUUUAUUGAUUCAUCAAUGAAUGAAAAUAAUGUAAAUUAUCCAAAACAUUUAUUUCAUGAAUCUGAUAUAAGUCGAUUACAUAAUCAUUUUUAUAAUUUCAACAAUGUAAUACCAUCCUCAUCAUCAUCAUCAUCAGCAGGAGCAACAGCAGCAGCAGCUGCUGCUGCAUCAUCAGCAUUGUCAAUAAAUAAUCAACAUUUAUUAUGGAAUCAAUGGAUGGUUAAUUGUAUAAAUUCUGUUAAUGGAUUAUUAUUAUCAUCAUCAUCAACAUCAUCGUCAUUAUCAUCACAAUCAAUAUUAAAUAAUUGUGGAAAAAUUAAUCCUUUCACUAUGUCAGAUAUGGAUACUAUAGAAGAGAAUCAACACAAAUCCUCUCGAUUAUAUUCACCAAUGUUUUUGUCAAGUUCAGAAUAUACUUCAAAUGAUUUACUGAAUUCAAAUCGUAAAUCAUCCACUUUAUCAUCAUCAACUUCACCAACGACAAUGCCAACAUCUUCAUCAUCAUCAUCGUCUAUACGUUUUCGUGGUAAUAAAUUUGGACGUCUUAAAACAAAAUGUUUAAAUCUCAAUAGAUAUCAACAAAAUUAUUCAUUAUCUAAUAAUCGUUUACAUUUAUGUAAUAAACCAAAUCAUUUCAAUUCAAUAAUGACAACAUCUGCAUUGAAAGCUAUUCGUAGAUCAACAAUUAAUCUUCCUAAUACUCAUUGGCCAAAUUUGUCUUUAGGAUCACAAAUUACAACAACACCACCAUCGUCAUCAUCAUCAUCGCCAGCAUUUACAUCAAUAAUAGAUCAAAAAUUAAAGUCGAAUUUCUUAACUGAUCUACAAUUUCCUGAAACCAAUAUAAACAGUACUAAUGGAUUAUUGUCUUCUUCUGCAUCAAACUUACGUGGUAAUCAUCAUCAUCAACAUAAUAAUAAUAAUAAUCCUAACAAUACGAAUAAUAAUUUAAUUGAUCGUCCAGUAGUUGUAUUAAAUCCUGAUGAACCACGUGAAAUAUUUAUUGGUGGUGUACAAUCUGUUGCAUUACCAUUAUGGGCAUAUUGUAAAUGUUUAACAAUGGUACGUGGUGAACCACAUGAAUUAGGACCACGUUUAUGUUUACGUCUAUUACAAAGUUUAUUUAGUUUACAUUAUUUAGUUACACAUAAUUAUAAUGGUUCCGGUGGUAAAGCACCUAUUGAUCCAAUUGUAAUGAGUGCUGUAUUACGUCAAGCACAAUUACAAUUUGGUUCAGGCUAUUUUUUUACUGAACCAAUGGCUUUAGGUAAAUUAAGAGAUUAUUUAAAUAAUGCUUUUCGUGUAAUGGCAUUUAGACAACGUAAAGGUGAACGUGUAAGAUCACCAUUUUGGAAUGAAAAAGGUGAACCAAUACAUGAUUUAGAAGCACCGGUGGAAUUUUCAAAUAUUACUGAUAUUAUUGUUAUACCACAUUCAAUUAAUACUACUACUACUACAGCUAAUACUAACACUACUACUGUUAUUACAGCUACACCAACCUUAUCAACAACUACAACAAUGUCAAAUGAAUCGGAUAGGAAUAUGAAUUCAAGAUGA